GGAAUGGAUUUAAUACCUGCAGAGUUAGCACACCUCGUAUCACGUUCAAAGGCGGUUUCACUCUCUCGACAACGACAAGAUUUUCCUGUACUAGAUAUGGGCGGUCCAAAGGCCCUUCCCAGUGGGAUGUCACCGAAGAAGUUCCACGAAGUCUCCCGAAUGACUACCUACGUACUUGGACUAUUGGAUGCUUUUUACCAGGAGCAUGGUACUAAGGUACAACAUAUCGUUGAUAUUGGAGCAGGACAGAACUAUAAAGGUUAUGCAAGGAAUUUGCAUGUCCUUGCUCUGGACUCUUCAUCAAAUCAGAGUGGCUACCCUGGCAGCCGAAUCAUGCGGUCAGACGUGGAAGGGACAUUGACUUAUAGGACCUUGUGGUUAGGACAAGAGCCAACUUUUGCAUCUCAUCCAGGGAAUUUUGGUCAGGAAAGGGAGUUAGGUGAUAACGCGGAUUUUGAACAAACAAUCGAUGAGUGGCUGCACACCUUUAGAUCGAAAGAAGAUCCUUUGGUCCCGGAUGACACAACAAGGAGUCCGAUUCCUGUUGUAUUCGUAGCCCUUCACGCAUGCGGUUCACUCACACCAGCCAUUCUGCAGAAGAUACUGGACCAUCAAGAAUGUUUACUCACCCAAGACAGACCUUGGUGUGUUGCGGGUGCUGUCAUUGUUGGCUGCUGUUAUAAUCUAAUGAGGGAGGAUGAUUUCCCCCUGUCCCGAACUCUCCAGAAGCACAUAGAACAAAAGUUUCAUGGCUUCUCAUUGUCCGCAAGCCAUCUGCAAUUGGCCGCUCAAGUGCCUUCUCAGUGGUUGAGCUCACCAGAGAGCGAAGCUGCAGCCGACCUUGCCAUAAGAAAGAUUGUCUACAGAGCUCUUGCUACUCCCGCCCUAAGUUAUCUUACCAGCAAAGAUACGGGUUUCGGUGAAGAUUCACUGAAGCUAGGCAAACUCAACAAGAAAGCUUACGAGUCCUUCAGACUGUACCUGGAACGAGCUGGUCAGAAAUUGGAGUCCAGCCAGCAGUUUCCACUCUUAUCCCAUGCGUCGCCAUCCAUGCGUGCGGACUCAUACAAUGAUGAUUAUGACGAACGAGGCUUCGUCCGCAGCGAUGGUCUAGAUGCGAAGGGUACUGGUUAUCUUACGAGCAACCGAGGCGAUUCGAUGCCGGACUUUAGUGGUUCAGAGACAAACCUACUAUCCGUUUUUAAACACGUUGUUGGGCGCGACCCAGAAGAAGCCGAGACUUCCUCUCCGGCAAUACUUACAAAGGCACUUCAUGCCUUGCGAUGCCUCCUCGGCCCACCUGUUGAGAGCUUGAUUGUUCUUGAUCGAUACCUUUGGCUACAUGAGGAGCUGUCCGGCACACCCCAACUCGAAGUCCGGUUGGUCAACUUGUUUAGUCAGGAAGCAGGAAGUGGUAGAAACGUAGGAAUAGUAAUAGGCCCACGUAACUGUAGCAUUAAUCAUGAGGAUUAA